GAUAGAUUCAUCUCGCAAUGGAUUUAAACAACCUUAUUGUUUGCUAUGGAUCGCUUAUUGAUAUUAAUUUCGUUGGUGAUUACUCACCAGGAAUGUUCUAGGACGAAGAGGAUAUGGUCCUGAAUUUUGAAGGGGGUUUCUGCUCCUUUUCAAACCCGACACUUCGUCUGAUUCGAUGCAAACUCCCGUCACAGUUAGACUUUCUUUCGACGUACGACGACAUUCGCAUAUCUGUGUAUGCGGACAGCCUCAUACCAACCGACUUUCAACCAGCAUACUGCAUCAACAUCUACGGCCCAAAGAAAACAGCAGACGAUAUUGGCGAGAAGUUUGGGGAUCAAAAGCUUUACCUGCAAACCCCGACCCUACUGCAUCCUGCUGUGCAGUACUACAACCCGCAGUACUUGACAAGGGACCCUCAAGGAUUCACACCUUGUAUCGGAACUCAGCCUGGUCACUCCACAUUGCAUGGUGUCAACUGCAUUCACGGAACUGCAGAUCCUGCUUCGUUCUUCGAAUUUGCAGACGAGAGUAGUUCUUCUGGAACAAAGUUAAUCAUCAAGGCCUAGGAAUGGCGCAAAUACUGACGACGAAGUCGAAGAGGCUGGCGCUGUAGCAAUCAGCCUUUUGCCCGAGCUACUGCAAAUAUCAUUGAAUGUGACCUUAUCUUCAUCAGCACCCCAUGUAUGUGAGGAGUAUCGCGUAGAUUGGGAUGCCGUCCAUGAAAUCUUUGGAUAAUUGCAGACCACCAUCGCUGCUGAAUUCCAGGAGGCGCAUCGCGUAACGUUCGGGUGCGAGGCUCCUCGAGCAUACAGGGGCAGAUAACAGCGCGAUAUCGUGCAACGUUGAAUCUUAGACUUUGGACCCCGGCUGUACGAGGUAGACUCUAGCAAUGCGUCAUGUUUGGCGCGAGCAUGUUGGCGGAAGCAGGCUGAAAUGCGGCGCAGGGUCGACGGGCAGGAUUUAGUCGCAACUGGCCCCCACGAAAAACGUGUAAAGAGUAUCA